AUGUUAGAAAAAAGAAUCAUUCAAACUUUAGAAAGUCUAUGGGCCUCUCCAAUUGUAAUUGUAUCUAAAAAGACAGGAGAUCUUAGAAUAUGUGUUAACUAUCAUCCAUUAAAUUCUGUCACA